CGCGCGCUUUACGCGCCAGCUUCGGCCUGGGAGGCGAGCGGCAGGAUGGAGAGGAGCGACGAGGAGGUCGCGGGGAAGCAGCGCGUCCACGUGCGCCCCGCCACGCUCCGCGGUGCCGCCCCGGGCACGCUGCACCUCCUGCCUUGCGAGGUCGCGGGGAACCGGCCCGCCCCCGUGGACUGCUUCUUCACGCCCGCCAUCCGCCAGGGGCCCGACGGGCUCGAGGUGUCGUUUCGGGGCCGCAGUCUUCGCGGCGAGGAGGUGGCGGUGCCGCCCGGCCUGGUGGGCUGCGUGCUGGCGAUGGAAGAGAAGGGCGCGGUGAUGACCGGGCUCAAAGGGAAGCAGGCCUUCUCGGGGGGUUCGGAGAAUGACGACGAGGAUGAGGAGCUGCAGCCGCUGGAGCGGGACUUCGACCGCUUUAUCGGGGCCACCGCCACUUUCAGCCGCUUUACCCUAUGGGGUCUGGAGACCGUCCCCGGCCCGGACGCUAAAGUGCGUGGCGCCCUGACCUGGCCCAGCCUCGCUGCAGCGAUUCACGCACAGGUGCCUGAGGACUGAGAACCAGCGCUGAUCCCUUCACUCCAAUAAAAUAGCUCUUCACUUUGGAGCCGCUGAUCCCAUCACCCAAUAAACCAGCUGUUCACAGCACCUGUGAGUCUGUGGGCACCUCAGAUCCCCUAAGCCGGCACAGCCCACUCCCCCAGCACAGGAACCUUUCAUGGCUCUGGCCUUUAGAAACUAUUUAUUGCCAGGGGUGGUGGGGAAAGGGGCAAGAGAGGCCAGAAUUCUGCAGCCAAUACCCACCCCAACUCCUACUUUACAAAAGAAAUCUUUACACCCAGCCAGUCCUCUGUACCGAGGGCCCCCAAACCCAUCUCGCUGUACACAGCUGCCUGGCUCCUUCCAGUCCCUGGUUCAGAACAGGCUGGGCCUGCAGCCAGCUGACCUGGGAGUGGGCCUGAGCCCUGAGCUUGCAUGGUGCUGGGCACUAGCCAGCCUUGUCUUCUCCUUUUGGGGCCAUCCUCAGCCUCAUCUCCCUUGACAUGCCUCUCGGGGGCCCCACUGGGGGCAGGAUGGGCUGUCGGCCCCAGUUCUGCCAGCUGUACUGGUGCUGCCACAGCACUGCCUGUUCACCACUUUCCCCGUUUGCUCCAGUCCUUGGGAGUGAAGUGCAGACACUUAGAGUCAAUCCGAAGGAGCCGCUUGAGCAUAGCCCGUUCAUGCCCAUCCACGAUGUCCUCCGACAGUGUGAGGAUAUACUGGCCCUAGACAGGGAAGAGGGGCAGGCAGGGGGUCAGCCCACGCUGGGUCUGCACCCUGUGCACCCCACCCCACUGUCUCCCCCUGCCUGCCUCUCUACCUUGUAGUAGUUGAUGAGGUUGAGGUACUGCAGUGUGGAGAUGACAUCCUCUUUCUUGAUGCUGGUGAUUUCACUGAUCUCACUGUGGGAGAGCAAAGGUCAGGUCCACUGAGAUCCUCACCUCUGCCCUAGGAGCCCAGGAGGGAGUGAGAAAGCCCAGGGACAGGCCAUGCCAUGCCAUGCACUCCCCAGGUGGGCCAGGGCCAGCUCACUUGAUGGUAAUCUGCGGCCUCUCCCCACUCUCUGACUUCAGCCCCAUCAGGAUCUCCAGGAUUGUCUGGGACCAGUAGCUUCGAUAGGACAGGAGGCCGAGAUCUGAGAGGGGCUUCUCAGGGGUCCCUGUUUUCCCUUCCACUUUGGAGAGUUCAUAGCCUAAAACAAUGGAGCGGGAAAGGUUAAGUGUCACAGAUUCAUGCAACCAAGGUUUAAGAGCAUGAGUUGCAGGGGCAGACUACCUGGUUUUCAUCCCAGCACUGCCAUUCUACUUCUGUGACCAUGGGUCACACUUGUCUGCUGUGCCUCAGUUUCCUCGUAAAAGACUGAUGAUAAUACCCAUUUUCUAGGUUUGUCAUAUAAUUAAAUAAUACAUUAAGUGCUGGCACCUGGCUGGUCUUUAUGGAGUACUCACUCUUCACCCAGGUGCUCAGAAGCCAGCGAAGGCCAGAAGAGGUGGUGCAGGGCAGAGCGAGGGUGGCUUAUGGGAAGGAGAUGCCAUCGAUUUGCCUCAGCCAUGCCAGACUCCCUGCUGUGUCAGGGUAUAUGAGGAGGGAAGUGAAGCAGGCCUCCCCAUCCAGAGUCCAGACCUGAGGAUACUUGAAUUCUCAAAUCAGUCCCCCUAGCUGUGACCUUGGGAGUCUGCUGCUCUUCUAGGGCAGCCUGAUUGGUGGUUGUGAGGACCCAGAGAGGAGGAGCACCCAGGGCCUUCUAAGCCAGAGGAAGGCACUACUCCCAGCCAGGGCCCUGAGUUCUACAGUGGCCUUCCCUUCCUAUUCAUGCAGCCAUCUAGGCACUGGGCCCUGAGGCAGGUGAGGCUGAACCCAGAGCCAUCUCUGCUGGGCACUGGCAGUCGGCUGCUGAUGAGACCCUCAGGCCCUGUGAGGCCGAGUGGCUUCGUAUCUUGGCAGGGUCUUCACUUUCCCGUCAGGGCCCUGGAAUACCUCCACCACCUUUAAAAACCCUUCCUCGCCCGUAGAUCCAACCAGCCUCAUAUUGGACCUAAAUACUUUCUGCUCUUCUGUUCUUGGUACAUCUUUACUGGCCCAUCUCAACCUCUGCCCAAUCUUUUGUCAGUUUCAAGCAAUCCAGUAAGAGAAAGAGAUCAGUUAUUUGGAGGGAGGAAGCACUGAAGAGGAAGGGGGCAAUCAAACAUACUCACAGGGGCUCCUGCCCAACUUUGCGGGCUCCACACUGCAUGGUCCUAGCGCAUCAACUGAAGGCCACAGGGAACUGGCUCCUCAGUGAACACCCACCCUCGAGCUGCCUGGAUGGUGCUUGUGCCUUGCCUGACACUGCUGUGCAGAAAUGCCCGUACCUCCUUGUGUCCCCACCUGUACCCUGCCUCCACUUGGGUCUGAGUUCCAGAAUUCACUUAGGCUGAAUGUCUUGAAGAAUCUGCCUGCUCUACUAGGCUGAGAGCUUAAGAUGUAACUCCAUCUUGGCAUCAUUUGAUCAAUAAAAUUUCUCAAUAAAACCAUCACCACAAA